AUGUAUUGUUGUCAAGAUCAUCUUUGUCACUGCCGUCAGACUACUCUUUUCUAUUUUAUACGACUGGAACACCCUGUGGAAAUCCACAUGUAUACUAUACAGCAUGCAUGCUUAUUUUCUGAUGUUAUUUCAUUGUAGGUUGUGUGAAAGUAAACAAGAAUUUUUAAAAUUUAUUGCAGAGAAGUUUUGUAUUUAUAUCCUUGGAUAUGGAGGUUAUUGAUAUCAGUUCCUCAGAUACCGAAGAUUACAUAUGGGAGAAUAAUGCAGAAUAUCCUCUUGGUGGCUCUGAGCUUCAUCUUCAGGAUACUGGGAAUGCUAUUGGAGAGGACGAUGUAACACCUUCAACAGAAUCUACAGAUACACCUUCACCUUCACCUUUAAAAGAAUCUGAUCCAACACAGCUAGGUCCAACCUCAACAGAAGAAGUUUAUAACAAUGAUGCCACAUCUUUUGAGCAACUUGUGUACCCUGGUGGUCGUUUUGAAAAAAUAAUUGAGGAUGCUGGAAAAGACAGGGUAAACAGUGCUCUGGAACCUUUGACAGAAAAAAAUGGCAAGAGAGAUGAUCUACCUUUUGAGCAAAUUGUGCGCCCUGACAAUGGUUCUAUGAAAAAUGAUGGUGAUACCACAAAUAAUGUGUCGAGGAGUGACACGAAGACAUUGAAAGAACACAUAUUCACAAGGAUUUUUCCUCCAAUUCUGCCGAUGGUGCACCCUAAAGAUGCCUUUCAUCUGAAAGCUAACGAGAGCAGUAGUAAUACAUGGCAGGGUGAGGGAGGAACUUCGAAAAAUUAUGCUGCCAUAGAUGCUCAACAUACCUUGUCUGUUCACUCUGACUCACAAUAUGGUAAUGGUGUCUCUGGCACUUGGGAGAGCAAGGCAAAACCUUUCAUGGCUAACAUGCAAAAGAAAAUUCUUCCUCCUCUUCGGCCAACCGUCUAUAAAAAUGUUCUCAAUUCAUCUUUAUUGAAUGAUGAGGAUAUCCAAAUUCUGGAUUCUCAUGGGAAAUUGGAUAGCUUCGCUGGAGUGGAUGUCAAUAUUCCUCAGUAUAAUAUUAAAGAUAAUAUGGAUGCGAAUAAUAAUGGAUUUUACAAAAGUGCAGAACAUCGAAGGCAUCUGCCCCCAUGGAUGAGUGUAGGGUCGGCUGCUGGACAACUGGCUGUUAGUUCUUCUCACAGUUCUUUGUCAACUUAUCCAAAAAGUUCUGGAAAUCAUUUAGGUAUGGGAGAGAAGACAAUAGACGAAGAUGAAAGAUUGAUUUUUCAAGCAGCACUGCAGGUACACAAAGAAGGUGCAUCUUCGUUUUUUUCUUUUCCGUGAUAUACACAUUAGCAUAAAUUGAAACAUAUGUGAGAUUUUGCCAUUUCUAUGACAUGUAUACUAAGAAACAUUUUUUCAAAUUUUUCUCCAGGAUCUUAAUCAGCCGAAAUAUGAAGGGGAUUUACCUGCUGAUCUAUUGUCUAUUUCUCUCAUGAGGCACCAGGUAUGGUUUUCACUUGGCUUGUAACUUUAAUGGGUAUAUUUGUUUCUGCAUAGAACAACCUUGCAUGAAUUUUAUCACGUCCUUCAGAGAAUAGCCUUGGCAUGGAUGCUGAAGAAGGAGAAGAGUUUGUAUUGUUCGGGUGGAAUUCUUGCGGAUGAUCAGGUCUUCUGUUUCUUCAGUGGUCUUUUUGAACUUACAUCUCUGUGUGCUGUUCUGAAGUCAUCCCAACUGUCGUUUUCUAAAUCAUGCUGUUUUUCGCAGGGCCUUGGUAAAACCAUAUCAAUCAUUGCUCUUAUCCAAAUGGAGAGACCACACCAAGUUGAGUUUUCGUCUGGUGUUUCUGGUUACAUUAAAUCUGAUGCUCUGAACCUAGAUGAGGCUGAUAAUGCGCUUCCUGAAGAUAAAAAACCAAAGUGCUCUGAAGAAUAUUUGAGAGGAGGACCGCAAAAGUCUACACUUUCGUCUGAUCAUUCUUGUGGUCCCACAUCUAAGCUUCAGGAUUUCGUGGAAAUUGAUGAUGAAAAUCGUGAAUUGGUUACGGAUUUCGAAGAACAUUCAAAAACACAAGGUAUUAAAUAUGAAAUUUCAUGUUCAGUGAAGCCUGAUCCUUCUUUCCCUGAAAUUAAAAAGGCUGAUGAUUCUGGCGAAUGUAAUUCAUCAAAUAAGGAUAGCGCUAAGUGUACAAUGUAUAAGGGAAGGCCAGCAGGUGGCACGCUGGUUGUCUGUCCAGCGAGUAUUCUUCGACAAUGGGCUCAUGAGAUUGAGGAGAAAGUUCCAGAGAGUAAGAAACUAUCUGUUUUGAUCUACCAUGGAAGUACAAGGUCAAAAGAUCCGAGUUAUCUUGCAAAAUAUGAUGUGGUUCUGACGACAUAUUCUAUUGUUUCCAAUGAAGUACCAAAACAGCGUGUUGAUGAUGAUGGGGAACAGAGGACUACGGAAAACUAUGCAUUAUCCUCGGAAUUUUCCCUUAAGAAGAAGAAGAAAAGAACCUCAGAUGAAGAAAGAGGAGGAAAGGGUAAAAGGAAGAGGGCUUGUGAUUCUGGCUUUGAUCAUGAUAGCGGUCCACUUGCGAGGGUGCGUUGGUUUAGGGUAGUGUUAGAUGAGGCUCAAACUAUAAAAAAUUUUAGAACUCAAGUUUCUAAAGCCUGUUGUGGACUUCGGGCCAAAAGAAGAUGGUGCUUAUCAGGAACACCUUUACAGAAUUCACUGGAUGACUUGUAUAGUUACUUUAGAUUUCUGAAGUACGAUCCUUACGCGGUUUAUAGUUCUUUCUGCUCCUCGAUAAAGAACCCCAUUGCUACUAAUCCGACCGCAGGGUAUAAGAAACUCCAAGCAAUCCUGCGGACUAUAAUGCUUCGUCGUACGAAAGGUCAGUUGCCCUAUUGAUAGUUAUCUGUUCUUAUUGUUUGCCGCAUACUGAUGAAUGCUAAAUGUCGUGUUAUUCUCUUUGGCAUCGUGAUACUUUUGCCCUGGGUGCUUCGUAUAGGAAUCAACUGUUUCGUCUUUCGCCUCUCAUCAACGAUGACAGAUGUGGUAGUAUUGAUAUUUAGGCUAUUAUCAAUCAUUACUAUGUUGAUAUCAUCUAUGCGAAGCUUGGCUGUUUCCUUGGCUGGAAACUUUUUGACUGUAAUAUCACUCGACCCUACCAUCCAUAGAACAUAUAAAUUCGAAACUUAAUGCACACUCCAUACGUAUGGGGUACAAGCAUGAAUUUGUCAGGCCAUUAGUUCAGACCAGGAUUGAGACUUGUUAGAGAGUUUCGAAGAAAUUUUAAAGUGGGUUUGAGAAGAUUUUGGAAUCAUCAAACUUAAAUUGAUUCACGCUAAAAAAUUGUAAUGUUUCUGUGCUGUUGACAUACUGUCACCCCUUCACAUCUGCCUGUAUUACCCAGGGCAUGCGCCAUUGCUUAGCUGCCUUCCGUAUGCGGAUGCCAUGCAUCCUCAGACUCACGCUGCAGCCUGAAAGAUCGUAUCUGUAAGAAUCCCUUGAAACAUCUCGGCUCCUCUGAUGUCCUGCCAGGUCACCAAUCCCGUCUGGCUUGUGUGCCUAUUAACUGUUGAGCUUCUGGGCCACUUCGCAAUUGAUAGGAUCCUGCUAAUUAGGCAGAUGUUGAAGGGCACAGUGUCCGUGUCAAUGGUUUUUUGGUUCUGUUGUUAGGGAUCAAUUAUUCUGAGUGUACAAUUGUAAAUCUAUUGUCCAGAUUAUGAUUGGUUAUUCAAUAACAUCAAUUUCUUCAUUCAUAGCCUUCAUCAAAUCUCCAUCCGUUGCUGCCUUUUCUAAUGUUUGAGGCUCUACAUGUGCAAAACUACGUACUUUGUAAAUUUCAUUCAGGCAUGUUCUCUUACUUGGUAAAAUACUAGAUAAUGUUAUCCUCGAACUUGAGGGAGAGGUUGAGUGGUGUGUCUAUAUGCGACUGGAUUAUGACUUGGUUCGCCAAGUUGGCUGAGUCUUCUUAAAUCCUGUUCUACCUGUCAUUUGGGCCAGAUGGACUGCCUUGUGCCAUCCAAUUCUAUGAUGAGUCGGACUCUAAAUUAGCUAACUCUAACCUGAUUUUUAGUAUUGGGAAGUGAUUUCAGUUAUGUGACUUGGAAGUAGUAUAUUUUAGAUCAUCAACAUUCCCAUCAUCAAGUCUAUACUAUUAUUUUUUAUUCUUUUGUCUCGUCUUCGAGUUAUUACUUUAGCGCCACUUCAACAUUAUUGUAAUGGACUCAGGCAAAGAUGAGAAUGGGUACUUCCAUACAAAGGAUAUGUGCCGUUAUCAUCAUGUACUCCUGGAUUUGUGAUGCGCACUAUAGGAAAUUCUUGAAGGUUAUUCUAUAGCCAAAAACUGUCAUUUGGUAGUUUUAGUAUUUUGGAAUAAAAUGCAUUGAGAAGAUUAUUCCUUCUAAUUAAUUUUUCGGAGGUCUUUUAAUCAGCAGCUGAGUAAAAUUAUAUUUUAUAGGUUCUUAUGGAGCUUUUUCCUCUCGUUGAUUAUUAAAAGCAUCGGUUAUAGUUUAACUUUUCUGGCCUAUUGUACUUUUAUUUGGUUAGGAACAUUGAUUGAUGGAGAGGCUAUCAUUAAAUUGCCUCCUAAACUGAUAAAUUUGAAGAAGAUAUACUUCUCUCCAGAAGAACGAGAAUUUUAUUCUAGCCUAGAAGCUGACUCACGGCAAAAAUUCAAGGUAAUGCUCAUAAUUCUUGAAAUUAUUUUUCAGUCAUUAAAAAGGUGUUUAUCUUGAGAUUUGGCUACUAGUUCAUUAAUGAAUGUUAUCUAUCCCUUGUGGUUGAUCUUCACUUCCAUUAUUAGAAGUGUUAUCAGCUUACUUCAAUGCCAAAUUGUUGACAAUUCUACUUAUGAGUUCUGAGGGCAUUUUUUUAGUAUGAAAUAUUAUAUCAUUGCCAUCAAUAAAAUCUUCAGGUGAUGGAACUAUUUAUAACUUCAAUUUAUGUUAAUUUUUCAUCAAGUAAAUUUUAUUAAAACCGAAGAUAAAUUGCAGUUAUCUUGCUGGUGGAGAAGACUUCUGGGAGACUACAAAUUUCUUAUCUUUUUUCAGUUACAUCGCUAAAUAGAGUGGUAGAAACACAAUUGAAGUAGUAUCUUAGUGGAAUCUUAUGCCUGGGUCAUAGGUGUAAGUAUUUACUAUCAGUUUGCGAAUUUGUGGCACCAUAGUAGAAUCGUCACUAAUAGCUCAAUGUACACUUCUACACCUAUGUGCGGAAAGACUAUGCAAGAUUUUGUAACCUAAAUGUUAAAUCAACAACAUUUUAAAGUGUCACCACUUCCCGUCAGACAUACGUCUGUCUUUGGGACAUUGUAGUCUCCGGUUUUCUCUUCUCCGUGAGUGAAAGAUUUGUCCCCGGUUUUAUGUUAAAAGCUUCUAUCACAUUUACUCAUUUGAGUCAGUUAUAGGCUUAUAUAUAUAAAACUAGCAUUGGGAGAAAAAAAGUUGCAAGAUUAUCAUUUAUAUGCAAAAAACUGUAACGGGGAAAUUUAAAGAAAAAUUUUCGGGUGUAAUAGAUAUGUCGAUAAUUGUCGAUCCAAAUAGUGUGUUAGUGUCAAUGAUGGUGAUCAUAAUGGGCAGAUGGAGUCGGAUAAAGGAUUUCAAUUCGUAUGAUGGGUAUAGGUGUUGUGGGAGGUGGAGUGGAGGAAAUACAAUCCUCUGCAGUCGACAUCUUCCAGGGCUGUCAAAAACACAGAGAAGUUUGUGGAUGCAUUCAGACACCCAGAUGAAAAGAUAACCUGGAAUAAUCCUCCUUUGCCUUGCAUGAGAAGAAAGAGCAUGAGAUGCCUGGAUGAAGUUUCUGAAUGAUGAGCAAGACUCGAUCAUCUCCUAGUGGAGCUUUCAUUAUGUGGGGGGGUCUUAAUGCUGAACCGACUGAUGGUGGAAAUGAGGCAGAUGAGCACCGCGAGAGUGGUAGAGAGUUUUGAGGGUGGCGUGAAGAAUUUCCCAUGGAGGGGUUCAAGACUUAUCUUCUACAUGAAUAUGAUAUCGCAAGGAGUCUUUUUUUCAAUUGUGAUGAUGGAUGUGUUGUGGUAAAGACUGCUAGACCAAGUCUUAAACGAGAUAUAUCUUGGACACGGAUCGCUUAUUGGUUGCGAGAUUGUCUGGGGGAUGGGUAGAUGCGAUCCUUCUUUUUGAAAUCAUGUAGAGCAAAUUCUACCAGAUGCGCAUGGAGAGUCCACGAAGAUGAGGUAUGCUUUUGGUUACUCAAAUGCCUACCAUCAUAUGAGUUCAAACUUAGAUAGUUCCACGUCUCCUCUGUUUGACAACGAAAUGCGAGCAUCUAUCGUCCAUAUAAAUGCACGACGUCUUCUGAGAUGGUUUUAUCUGUUGGCAGAUGUUCACAUAAGCAAGUAUUUACACGUCGCAUCACAGUGAGGCUUCAUGUUUCAGGCCUUCGCUGCUGCUGGCACCGUGAAUCAAAACUAUGCAAGCAUACUGUUAUUACUUUUGCGUCUCCGCCAAGCAUGUGAUCAUCCUCUUCUUGUGAAAGAGCAUCAUUCAUGCCCUGCUGCAAAAUCAUCUUCGAAGAUGGCACAACGGCUUCCUAGAGAGGUGCUGAUCUAUCUACUGAAUCGUUUGGAAGCUUCGCUGGCAAUUUGUGGUGUCUGCAGCGUAUGUUCUCUCUUUCUCUGGCUUGUUCUUGUUUUUUGUGAGGCACGGCAUCCCUCGGUGCAUUGAUUUGUAUCAUAUCAGCGUCUUAACAUGUACGGAUCAUGUUUUUGUCAAUUCAGUUAGUAUCAAGGGCAUCAAUAUGAAAGAGUGAUGACAGGAAAAUCCAUACAGUAAAGGGAGAUAAUUUUCAACAAUUCAUUUCACAUGUGGUCUUCUGGCUCUUCUCCUUUCAUCCAUCUAAUCCUUCUUCUAUUUCAUCCCAUCCCACCCCAUCCCAUCCCAUCCCAUCCCAUCCCAUCUUCUGUCACACUGUUUUAUGUGUGGUUGAUUCAUCUUGGAUAGAACAAAUCCUCACUCGCCACAUGGUUAGUGGAGGAAUUAAAUAUACUAACAGAACAUUCGUGAGAUCCAGAACGCCUGAAAUCCUUGUUCAUGCUUCGGUCCUGACAAUGGGCAGACGCUAACCAUUGCCUCUGAGAUCAACACUUCACUCAGGAAAUGAAACGACAUUGCACAAUCUUGGAUUCGUUGCUUGUCUACAUUCCCUGUUAACCGUUCAAGCAGACAUCUUUAACCUUCAAAACCCACACGAUUUUAUUGUUUUGCAUUUUAAAGAAAUCUUACCGUGUGGUUUUUGUUGCUCAAGUAUCCAAAAUAAUGCUGUUAAGACAAAUUUAUUCACUGGGAACGGCCCCUGUUUCAGGAUCCACCAGAGGAGGCUGUGGUCACCAUGUGUGGCCAUGUGUUCUGCUAUCAAUGCAUAUCCGGUUAUCUAACUGGGGACGUCAGUUCAUGCCCUGCAGCUGGCUGCAAAGACAUCAUUGGUGCCGAUUCUGUAUUUUCUGGAUCGACCUUGAGAAACUGCUUGUCUGGUGAAUCGGUGGAAGGUUCCUCUGGAGUUGCCGACCGCCCAGAGGGAACUUUCCACAGUUCAUGUAAAAUCGACGCAGCAAUGGAUAUCCUGAGGUCAAUAUGUAAGAUUCAAUGCCCGGAGCCCGCUGGAGAGCAGCAUUAUGAAAGCGUCCCUCCACGUGAAGACCACACUAAGGCCUCUGAAUCUGAACCUCCAGUGAAGGCCAUAGUUUUCUCCCAGUGGACAGGCAUGCUGGACUUUCUAGAGGUUUCUUUGAAUCAUUCCCUUCUUCAGUACAGAAGGUUGGAUGGAAGCAUGUCUCUGGCAUCAAGAGAAAGAGCUGUGAAAGAUUUUAACACGGACCCUGAGGUUUGACUAUAUCCUCGAAGAUUACUGCUUUCAUUUUUGUCUAACGUCCAAUCUACUCUGCCUCCCCCUCAAAAUGGGGUCUGGCCCUCCCCUCCCUUUCUGUAAGCUCUUAAUCCUAGAGAGAGAGAGUGAAAGGGGAGGGUGGAGUAGUUUGUGGGGCAACCAUAUGUCGAGAAAAAUGGGCUCGGGCCUUCUCGAUCAGACCCUAUAGCAACCACUGACACUCAAGGAUCCAAUUCUUCUUUAUUUGGUUUUUUUAAUAAUAAUAAUUAUUAUUAUUAUUAUUAUUAUUUUCAUUUCAUCAGCGAAGAGCAAUUUGUGAUUGAAUCUUGUCUUGUUGCAGGUUUCUGUCAUGAUUAUGUCCCUGAAAGCGGGAAACCUUGGCCUCAACAUGGUCGCCGCUUGCCACGUCAUUCUUCUGGAUCCCUGGUGGAAUCCCACCACUGAAGACCAAGCAAUUGACAGGGCUCAUAGGAUCGGACAGGUUCGCCCUGUGACAGUUUCCCGGCUGACUGUCUGUGAUACAGUGGAGGAUCGCAUACUGGCUCUUCAGGUAAUUAUCCGCCCCUCAACGUUGACUUUUCUCUGUGUUUGUCUCUAUCAGUCGCAUGGGUUUCCGUUAUUGUCAGGAGAGGGAAAUCAAUAUCUAACCCACUAUGUCCAUUUUAUUCUAUAUCUAGAAGAUGAUAUGCUCACUUCUCCAUAAUCCCUCUUCCCCUGUUCUUAGCGGCUGGCCUCCGCGGAAGGAAAUAAAACCGAUUAUUUUACUCAUCGUCAUCGUCCAUCUUUUACUCCUUUUUUGCCAUGAAACCAAUCUUCUUGCUGAGAAUGCUCCUCAUAAAGAAACCCCAAGUUUCUCCCCCACUGAUUUUUUAUUUUUUUUCCUCCCAUUUUUCUAAAAUAAACCCACAUAUAAAUGGUUCUAUCUUGGGAAAAUUUCCGCCGAAACCAUGCCAAGGACGAACCAUGCAGAGGAUGUUCCUGUUGUGAUCGCAUACUUGUUUGGGAUCCAACCCAUGAGCCCAUUUUCUGAGCUGUUGUUUGAACCAUGCGAUCUCUUCUCCCGCAUAGAUAUGUUUCAUUCAAGUAAGCAUAUGGAUUCCUGGAACUAACCCGUACCUCACAACUCAAUACUUUGAUACCAGCCCUAGGAGUUCUUUACUUGGGUAUAUAUAUAGACAUAAAGUUUUUGGCCAUCAGAUCAUCAGAGGGCAAUAUUCUUCAGGCAAGCAUCUUUGGAAUGAUUUCUUCCAGGCAAUAUCUUAGGGGAUCCUCUCGGAUACCCUGUUUAACCCAUGCAACGCCGCCAUCCUCAUCUGCAGGAGAAGAAGAGGGAGAUGGUCUCUUCGGCCUUUGGAGAAGACCAGACCGUCGGUCGCUCGACUCGCCUCACCGUCGAAGACCUACAAUACCUCUUCAGGGUUUAG